AUGUCUCCAAAGGGGCUCAUGGCGGCGCCUCAGUGUGUCGUGCAUCUGCUACCCCCAAGUGUAUGGCCCUUUUGUGCCACCAAGGCUGCGCAGGUCUUCCAUGUGGUGUCAGGGUCGGACCUGAUGCUAAAAGGCGAACUUGGACCAAAGGUUGUAGUGAUCAUGGUGGUAUUCCAAGGUACGGGGAAGUGGUUCCGAAGCAGAAGCAGAUGCCAGAGAGAUGUCGUACCUACGUCAAGAGAGGUUGAUGUGUGGGGAGGCGUGGCGACGGCCAUGUCCAUCUGUGUGGCUGUGGAUGAUGCUGUGAUGGAUGGCGUGGUGGUGAAUGGCGGUAACUGCAGUGUCCGUGGAGAGCUUCCCACCGUCGUGCCAAGUCCGGCAACAGGGCAGAUUUACGUCAAGGGAACUGAAUUUGGUGAUGGGCGGCAAUGCAACCGACCCGCCGGAGUUCGCCAGAUUCCUUGCAAGUUCCAUCCAUGCUGGCCGAUGUGUGUUCAAAAACGGUUCUCUUCAAAAGUGCCGGUGUUGCUUUUUGUCCGAGUCGAGACUGCCAAGCAGAUAGUGAACUCGCUGAACGUCAACUUCAACUCUGCUGCUAUAUGCACUGUGUGUUGCAUGGAUCGCCGGACCGUCGAUAAGCCCAAGACACUGGCACGCCACUGCCAGCCCCGAUGGUGGCAGCCCGUGUUGCUUCAGUUUGUAACCGCCGAGGUACACUACACUAGUAUAACUAAAAUCCGUUUACAACUCACUUUCGAUUUGAGCGUACUAAGAAGACGGCCUAACCUACGUAGCCAAAACUUGUCCUAUACGUUUUAUGCUAAUACUAGGGUUCUAGAACAGAUUAAGCGGAAGUUAAUAUAA